AUGAGAACCUCUUCAGGCCUGGGCUCCAGCACCGCCGUGGCCUUCUUCCUCCACUUGGGGCAGCUGCUCUCCACCUGCGUGCCCUGCUUGCUGGUGGCCAGCAUGGACACUCGGAGUGAGUGCACAGUUAACUGGUCUGUGUUCCCAUGGUGCUUCUGCUUCGGUGCGACCCUCACUGUCUUCAUGGUGGAGUUGUGUGGCCUCCAAUCCCACUUCCCCUUGAUCUGCUAUGACCUUCUCUACCACUAUGCCUUCUAUUUCACCCUUUGCUGCCUCGUCAUUUUUGCCAUCAACUAUGUUCAGCUCUUGCUCCAGGGUCCCACCUGGAACCAGGCCAUCACUGACACUGCCUUCUCCUUCAUCAGUUCUGUGCUGUAUGCCACCAAAGUGGCCUGGACCUGUGCCCUGACUGGUGAUACAUCCUGCUUUGUCAUAGCCCAACACACACAGAAGAGACAGUGGUGUGAACAUGCAGGCAGAGAUAGGAGUGCUGUUGCCAGAAGCCCUGAAACACCAUGGAACACCAGCAGCUACCAGCAGCUGGAAGGGCAAGGAAUAGAUUCUUCCUCAGGUUUUCCAGAGGAGUACGUCAUGGCCAUCAUGUGCCUCUGCCUCCGCCUGCCGCAGCUGUUCUCCAUGUGUGUGGCCAUCUCCCUGGUGGCCGGCAGGGCCACUGAGCGGGAAGCCGUAGGAAACUGGUCCAUGUCCAUCUGGUGCUUCUGUUUUGCCAUGACCCUCAUGGUAUUCAUUGUUGAGUUCUAUGGGUUCCAUUCCCACGUUCCGUUUUUCUGGUUCAACUUCUCCGUGACCUAUGCCUGCUAUGCCACCCUCCUCUGCCUCUCAGUCUCCAUCACCUACUCCAUCACCUACGUCCAGUUUCUGCCUGAUGGUCCUUACCAGGACCGGGUCAUCGCCGCCUCUGCCUUCUCCUGUGUCACAUCAGUGCUGUAUGCCAUAGAUGUGGCCUGCACGUGGGUUGCCUAUGGGUUCAAGGAGAUCCCCUGCUAUGUGCACACCAUGCCAGGCUUGCUGAAGGUGCUGGAGACCUUUGUGGCCUAUGUCAUCUUUUCCUUCAUCAUCAACACCUCCCUGUACCUGCACCAGCUGGCCCUGGAGUGGUGUGUGGCCGUGUACUCCAUCUGCUUCAUCCCAGCAGCCCUGGCCAUCCUGCUGAACCUGGGUGAAUGGGAAUACAGGCUGCCCAGACCGUAUCCCAUUUUCCAGCUUGUGCUCACCCUGCUCUCUGUCCUCCUCUACAUCAGUGCUCUGGUCCUCUGGCUGCUCUACCAGUUCUACGAGGAGUUCGGCGUGCAGCCUCAGAGGUCCAGUGAUGGGGACUGCAGGGACGAGCUCACCUACGACAUGUGCACCUGGGACCAGCGACUGGCUGUGGCCGUCCUGACAGCCAUCAACUUGCUGAUUUACAUGGCUGACCUGGGGUACUGGGCCCGCCAGCUCUCUGUAGGGACUGAGGACCAGCCCAGGGACUCCUGA